AUGCAAAUCCACAGUACUCUCAUGGAAGGAUUUGGACUUUUGGUAGCAGUUGCGGCAAAACGGAACAGGAUAAUUAUUGAUCCAGUUUUACAGGUGGUUUCACCAAUGGUUGUUGGGAAGGCCACCUCCAUAGGAAGUAGGGAGUCCAACAUGGAAGAAAGGGAAGUGGCGUCCAGUUCACAUUGGAGUAGAAGGACAAACCCUUCUUGGGCACCAGCAGGCUUAAGUCCACUCCCUGCCCCGAAUUCCCCGUAUGUGUUUUGGGGGGACCAGCAGCAUUGUGAUGAGGCUGACGCUGUGGAUAUUCCCCUCAUGGAUACUGAGGCACUGAAGGAGUUCAACAAGAAUAAAACAUGAGUCAAGAAGCUAGCCAAGAAGUAUGAUGCCUUUUUUGCUUCAGAAUCUCUGAUCAAGCAGAUCCCAUGAAUCCUGGGCCCAGGCCUCAGGAAGGCUGGCAAGUUCCCCUCCUUGUUGACCCACAAUGAGAACAUGGUGGCCAAAGUGGAUGAAGUGAAGUCCAGAAUCAAAGGCCAGAUGAAGAAGGUGCUGUGUCUGGCAGUGGCUGUUGGCCCCGUGAAGAUGACAAAGGACGAGCUUGUGUACAACAUCCACUUGGCUGUCAGUUUCCUGGCGUCAUUGCUUAAGAGGAACUGGCAGAACAUCUGGGCUUUAUGCAUCAAGAGCACCAUGGGCAAGCCCCAGCAUCUGCAUGAAGGCAGAGCUCAAUAA